AUGCUAUAGUUGUCUGGGGUUUAGCAAGAAGUGAUGCAUGCUUCAUAUGAGUUAAAGAUGCUGUUUUUUUUCUCUCUUUCUUUUUUUGAUGUUUUUAAAGGUUUUGUGGAAGUUUUAGAUAUCUGGAUCUGCUUUAUUUGCAUUAAAGAUCUAUUUCUAUUCAGUCUGCUAUUUCUUUAAAGUUUCUGCUUACUAUUUUGUUGGAAAAUAUCUCUUUAUCUAACUGAAUUGUAAGGUAUUAUGCACUAUGUUGCAACUUCCUGAGUUUUUUGGAAGAAGUGGAAUAUGCUUCAUGUGAGUUAAAGAUUUUUUGUUCUUCUUUUCUGCUGUUUUUAGAGGUUUGUGGAAGUUUUAGACAUCUGGAUCUGCUUCAUUUUCUACUUUUGCUGCUGUUUUUUUUUUUUUUUUUUUUGAGGUUUCUGCUUAGUACUCUUUAGUUGGACACUGCUAGUGAAGUUAUCUUUAUCUAACUGAAUUGUAAGAUACUAUAAUGUACUAUGAAGUGCAGCUGUCUGAGUUUUAGCAAGAACUGGUGUCUGCUUUAUUUGUAUUUGUAUUUGCUAGAAUUAAUGUUGUGAUCCCAAUCAGAUGCAGAGGUAGAAUUUUCACCAAGGGGUUCAACAUCUUCUAUUUAUACAUAAAACAAAAAUUUGACCUUGUAUAUACAGUGUGAUUUUCCGGCGACCAUUUCUGCCCCUGAUCCCAAUUGUUCUAGUCCUGCUUUCGGAGUUCGUGACUUUGCAAUAGUGGAUUAUGGCAGACACAUUGGGACAGAUAAAAGUGACUGUUGUAAAAGGAAGACGGUUGGUGAUUCGGGACUUCAAGACAAGUGAUCCUUAUGUCAUUCUCAAGCUCGGUAAUCAGACUGUCAAAACCAAAGUCAUAAACUGCUGCCUUAAUCCUGUUUGGAAUGAAGAAUUCUGCUUCUCUAUCUCCGAACCGGCUGAGGUUCUCCAAUUGGAAGUGUUUGAUAAAGACCGUUUCAAGGCAGAUGACAAGAUGGGAAAUGCUCAUCUCAGUCUUCAGCCUUUGGUUGCAGCUGCUAGACUGAGAAAGAUUCUCGGUGUUGCUCCCGAGGGGACAACCUUAAGGAAGGUUAUCCCGGAGACAGACAACUGCCUAUCAGUCGAUAGCAGCAUUAGUUGGGUGAAUGGUGAAGUUGUGCAAGAUGUUUGGUUGAGGCUUUGUGAGGUGGAGUCUGGAGAUAUAGAAUUGAAAAUCAAAUUGACCGAUCUCUCGUGUGCUUCUCCCUCCAAGCAGAGUGACUCUUAAUGACAUCGAUGCAUGUCUUGAUUCCUUCGAGAAUGUUGUCAACUCUGUGUCGGAUCCUUCAAAAGUUAUUCAUUUUUGAAGGAUCCGACACUGGUGCAAUGUCAUUUUUAGAAGAUCUGAGCAACGUGACUUCUUAUUGUAGGUGGAAAAAGACAAGUGAUCAGCGUCAACGUGCCUAUGUCUAGCUUCUUUUGUUUGGAACUCAAGCAAACGUAGAUUUUAGUGUGCAUAAUCUAAAUCUUAUUCUGUAACAGAUAAACUGGAGUGAUUUAGAAGUGGAAGGAAGGUGGAGAAACAUAUGUAUUCUUAGCAGAAUUUAGCACUGAAUUUGUUCACUUGUCAUAACCAAAGUGUGUGUUUUACUUCCUAUUUAUGAAAUGGCUGUUCUCUUUA